AUGAUGUCCGAAGAAACCCCACAGAUCAAAUUGGCCAAGGCCAAGGAAAAGUUGAGAGACGCUCAUCCCCAGGCCAACCCUCGUGUUGGUACAGGAGCAAGCGACACCAAAAAGAAGAACAUAAAUAAUGGCGCUAACCCUGAGACAACCACUUCUGGUGGUUGCCACUCACCUGAGGAUGAAAAGAAGGCAAGCCACCAACAUCAGGAUGCCCUAAGGAGGGAGCUAGAGGCCCAGGUUCAUAUCACACAAAUCCUUACAUUUCAGAAAACGGAGCUUCAGACGGCACUCUAUUACAGCCAGCAUGCUGUCCAGCAGUUGCAAGGAGAGACCAGGGAUCUGGUGUGCCGUCUCCAUGAUUCAUGGAACUUUGCCGGAGAAUUAGAGCGGGCCCUCUCUGCUAUCACUACACAGAAGAGGAAGGCAGACAGGUACAUCGAGGAGUUAACGAAGGAGAGGGACGCCCUGAGUCUGGAACUGUACAGGAACACCAUAAUCGAUGAGGAGCUGAAGCAGAAAAAUAUCAAAUUAGAAGAAAAACUUCGACUUCAAGAGACUCAAAAGUCUGACAUCCAGCUCAACGUAAAGGAGCUAGAAAGGAAGCUGGAGAGGGCCAAGCUCCUGCUGCCACAGCAGCACCUGCAGGCGGAGGCUAACCACCUGGGUAAGGAGCUUCAGAGUGUGUCAGCAAAGCUCCAAGCCCAGGUGGAAGAGAACAAGUUGUGGAACCGCCUGUACCAGCAACAGGAAGAGAAGAUGUGGAGGCAGGAGGAGAAGAUACAGAAGCAGGAGGAGAAGAUACGGGAGCAGGAGGAGAAGAUACGGGAGCAGGAGGAGAAGAUACAUGAGCAGGAAGAGAAGAUACGGGAGCAGGAAAAGAAGAGGCAGGAGCAGGAGGAGAAGAUGUGGAGGCAGGAGGAGAAGAUACAGGAGCAGGAGCAGAAGAUACGGGAGCAGGAAGAGAAGAUGUGGAGGCAGGAGGAGAAGAUGCAUGAGCAGGAGGAGAAGAUACAGGAGAAGGAGGGGAAGAGGCGGGAGCAGGAGGAGAAGAUGUGGAGGCAGGAGGAGAAGAUACAGGAGCAGGAGCAGAAGAUACGGGAGCAGGAGGAGAAGAUACAGGAGCAGGAGGAGAAUAUGCACAAUCAGGAGGAGAAGAUACGGGAGCAGGAGGAGAAGAUACACGAGCAGGAGGAGAAUAUACGAGAGCAGGAGAAGAAGAGGCAGGAGCAGGAGGAGAAGAUGCGGAGGCAGAAGGAGAAAAUGUGGAGCCAGGAGGAGAAGAUACGGGAGCAGGAGGAGAAGAUGUGUGAGCAGGAGGAGAAGCUGUGGGAGAAGGAGGAGAGGAUGCGGGAGCAGGAGGAGGAGAUGUGUGAGCAGGAGAAGAAGAUGUGGGAGAAGGAGAAGAAGAUGCGGGAGCAGGAGGAGAAGAUGUGGAGGCAGGAGAAGAAGCUACGGGAGCAGGAAGAGAAGAUGUGGAGGCAGGAGGAGAAGAUACGGGAGCAGGAGAAGAAGAUCUGGGAGAAGGAGGAGAUGAUGCAGGAGCAGGAGGAGAAGAUGUGGGAGCAGGAGGAGAAGAUGUGUGAGCAGGAGGAGAAGAUGCAGAGGCAGGAGGAGAAGAUGCGGGAGCAGGAAAUGAGGCUGUGGCAGCAGGAGAAGAUGCAGGAGCAGGAGGUGAGGCUGCAGGAAUAGGAGGAGAGGCUGGGGGAGCUGGGGCGGAAGGCUGAGCUCUGGGGGAGCAGGCGGAGGUGGUUGCAAAACCCUGGAGAUCAUACAGAGCGACCUCACCAUAACUUAGCAGAUGGUUCCCUCUGCUUUUCCACCAGUCUGUGGCCUACAGUUUAAAUGGUGGGAAGAAGGGUGUGAGAUUUGAGGCUGGGGAG